GAGAGCGCGCUUCAAGAUGCCGGGGAUGAUGUUAGGAGACACCUUUCCCAAUUUCGAAGCCGAUUCCACUUUUGGAAAAAUGAAACUACACGAUUUUCUUGGAGAUUCCUGGGGAAUCCUGUUCUCUCAUCCUCGGGACUACACCCCCGUCUGCACCACUGAAUUAGGACGAGCAGCUCAACUCAACUCUGAGUUCUGCAAGCGCAAUGUGAAGCUGAUCGCACUAUCCAUUGACAGCGUAGAAGACCAUCAUGGCUGGAGCAAGGACAUCAUGGCGUACAAUAAUGAGGAAUCUGGAAGCAAGUUUCCUUUCCCAAUCAUAGCAGAUGAUAAGAGGGAACUGGCCGUGGCCCUGGGCAUGUUGGACCCUGAGGAAAAGGAUCAGACUGGAAUGCCACUCACCGCCCGAUGUGUAUUUGUAAUAGGUCCAGAUAAGAAGUUAAAGCUCUCGAUUCUCUAUCCUGCAACAACAGGACGGAAUUUCGAUGAGAUUCUCCGUGUGGUUGACUCUUUGCAGUUAACGACAAAAAAACGUGUAGCUACACCUGUGGACUGGCAGGCAGGAGGCAGUGUGAUGGUGCCACCCAGUAUCCCUGAAGAGGAGGCCAUCAUGCUCUUUCCCUCUGGAGUCUACACGAAACAUCUUCCCUCUGGGAAAAAUUAUCUACGCUAUACACAGCAACCUUCUACGACUGAUCAUUAGUACAUUUACAGACAUUGUCCCUGGACUGGAGAAGCUGGAGUGAGAAUAUUUUAACGAAAGCAAAGCACACCCAAGCACCCUCCUAGAUCCGGCCCUGGACAAAAUGGCAAUAAACCUAUGUAAUGCAUGCCAGGUUUAUUUUUAAAAUUGUUUAAUUCCUUAUAUUUCAACAUGUAUUUCAUGAGUAGUUGUGGUUAAUUACAACAACAUGAUUUGCAGAAUAGUAUGUGUAUGGGAAUGUGUGGGUGUUUGUAAAAGUACCCCUUUGCUGCGUACAGUAAA